UCGCGCCAUCUUUAGAAAACAUUGUGGAGGAAGCGCUGAAUGAAACUCGAUUUCACCUUGUUGAGGAGAACUACCGUGAGAUAUUGGCCUCAGUUGACCAACUGAGCUAAUUUCUACAGAAGUUUGAUAAUGGGAAUAAAAGUUCAGCGUCCACGCUGCUUUUUUGACAUUGGCAUCAGCAACGUGCUGGUUGGCAGAGUUGUGGUAGAAUUGUUUUCUGACGUCUGCCCCAAAACCUGUGAGAACUUUCGAUGCCUCUGCACAGGUGAGAAAGGAAUUGGAAAAGGUACACAAAAACCUCUGCAUUACAAAGGAUGCCUAUUCCACAGAAUUGUGAAGGACUUCAUGAUUCAAGGAGGAGACUUCAGUGAAGGCAAUGGAAAAGGAGGGGAAUCUAUCUAUGGAGGAUUCUUUGAAGAUGAAAGCUUCUCUGUCAAACAUAACAAGGAGUACCUCCUGUCAAUGGCAAACAGGGGUAAAGAUACCAAUGGAUCCCAGUUUUUCAUAACAACAAAACCCACACCGCACUUGGAUGGUGUCCAUGUGGUUUUUGGCCAAGUGAUCUCUGGCCAAGAGGUUGUUCAGACAAUGGAGAGUCAAAAGACAGAUACUGGCAGUAGACCAUACUCUGAAGUGAAAGUUAUGAACUGUGGAGAGCUCAUUCCAAAAUCAAAAGCCAAGAAAGAAGAGAAGAAAAGACUAAAGGCCGUCUCCAGUGGCAGCGAUAGCUCAAGUGACUCUGACAGUUCUGACGAUGACUCUUCUGAAUCUGAGGGUGAAUCUGAUAAGGAAUCCAAGAAACGGAAGAAGAGGCACAAGAAAGAGUCCAAGAAAAAGAAGGACAAGAAACAGAAGAAGAAGAAAGAUAAAAAAAAGUCUGAGGCUGGCAGUGGUGAUGAGAAAGAGGAAGAGGUUACGUCUACGGUACGGCCAGAGGAAAUCCCUGUUAUCCCAGAAAAUAGUUUCCUUAUGAGGAGAAGUCCUCAGCAGCAAAAAGAAGAGUUUGGAAAGGAGAGGGAAAAAAAGAGGGAGAGGGAAAGGCCUAGGGAGAGAAUGUUUCAUUGUCAGUCAGCAUAUCAGAGGAGCCUUCUGAUGACAAGAUCAGGCAGGACGAUUAAAGGCAGAGGUCCAAGACGGUACCGAACUCCGUCACAUUCCAGGUCGAGGUCAAGGGACCGUUUCCAGCGUAGUGAGACUCCUCCACACUGGCGCCAUGAGAUGCAGCGUACACAAAGGGCACCAAGAGCAUCCAGCGGAGACCGUUGGAUAAAGGGUGACAAGGGUGACAUGACAGAGGACAAGAAUGAGAGUGGCAUAGCUCCAAGAGGAAGAGAGAGGAAGACCUCUGAAAACAAGCAUGAACACGCUGCUGAAAUCCCGAGUAAAAACCGAGAGGAGAAGAAAGGUCGCUCCCAUAGAUCCAAGAGCAAAGAAAAGGACACUUCUAAAACUGAAGACAAGCACAACAAACACAAGGCAAAGAAGGCCAAAUCUCGAAGCCGCAGUAAGAGCAAAGAGAAAAGUGGUAGGUCCAAAAGCAGAGAGAGGGAUCAGAAACAUAGCAAAGGGGAUGAUAAGAGGGGCCGCCUAAGAAGCAAGGACAGAAACCUCAAAGAAAAAGCCACAGAGUCUGGAACUCAAGACAGUGUUAGAAGUAAAGAACACUCUAAACCCACUGAGGCUGACAAGAACCGAGAGGAGACCAAAGGAAGAAAUGGUGAGAAGCUUAAGGCAAAGUCUAGAAGCAAGGAGAGGAACUCUGGAAAGGACAGAAACCGAUCUCUCAGCAGAAGCAGGGACAGGGGGAGACAUGCCUCAUCUCGAGACAAAGAGCAAGGACGGGACAGAGAGCGAGGUAGGGAGCGCAGUAAGAGCAAUGAAAGACGGCGCCACAGAGAGAGAGAGGACAAAAGGAGAGGUAGAUCCAAGAGCCGAGACCGGACAAGGAGUCCAGACAAGGUUAAGAGCAGAGACUCCCGUAGAGGCAGGCGCUCCAGGAGUAAGAGCAACAAUCGAGACCAUAGCAAAGACGGUUCAUCUCAUCAGAGGAAGAACAGAGACAGUGAAGACACUCACAGACGAAGGAGGUCCAAGAGCAGCAACUCUGAGAGUGAUGGGGAGGGCAAAGGGAAGGACAGGGGUAGAAAGAGCCCCAUCUCCAAGAAGAAAAGGGAGGGAAGCCCAGAAAAGGAGACCUCUUACAAGUCCAAAGACACAGGGAAAAGCCCUGAGCGGAAUCGAAAGUCAAAGAGCCAAGAGAAGGAUAAAAACCAAAGCAAGAAAAAGAAGUACAGCUCAAGUUCUGAUGACUGUGAUUAGUCCAGUCAAUGUCCACUCUUGUCCAUCAUCGAAAUGAAAAAUUCACACGUUUAUACCUAAUAACGUGUGUGGGUGGUUUUGCUGUAGAACGAUUUUAGACAGAUACUACAACCAAUCCAAUUCUGGAACAUUUGUACAAUUUAAGAUUUCAAAAGUUUUGACAGCUAGGAGACAUUUUUUGGGGGGGGGGGGGGGGGUUUAGUCAGACAAAUUUUUACAAAUGUUGGAAAUGUAAUGUGCAUUGAGGGUUAGUGGUGAAAUGGCUGAACAUGUGACUGUUGGAAGGAACAUUAAAAAGUUUGUCAGGUUUAAUGAUUCUUUUUUACUUUUUUUGUUGUCUGGUACAGAGGGGUCAUGUUAUUCCAGUGUGAUAAUUGUAAUGGAAGGGAUGAGUUUGAUGUCCUGUGUUGUUCUUUCUGGCCUUAAUGCCUGACUUAACUAAUAUUACAUGGAUACAUCACCAGUAUGACUAAUCAUACGGUUAUUUUUUAUUAAGUGUUUGCAUUACCAACUGUCACAUUAUUUGUCACUGAACAUACUGUAAGUGCUACAUAUAAAACUGACAUAAGUGUAUAUGUCAGUAGAGAAGGCUCAAUUUGAUUUGAAGGGCUGAUUAUUAAAAUGGUUGUGGUGUUACAGAUACAUUUUUUAAAAUUGCUUGUUACCUGGCUGUUUCAGGGAAUUCUAACUUUUUCCUGACCCCAGUCAGAAAAUGAAUUAGGAACUGACACAUUGCUUUUUGUAUUAUUGUAUGCAUUUUUUUUUUUUUUUUAGACGUGCUUAUGUUCAGACCCCUCCCCUUACAUCUUUUAAAAUGUAAAAAAUAAAUAAACUCGCCCUUAGGUGUAAAUGCAUUGCUGUGGUGUUCCACCGUGUUAGUUCAUACUGGUGUUACAUUCCUCGCCAUGACUUUCCUUUGAACUAUAAAUGAAAACCACUGGCUUUGUGUAAACAGUCAGAGUUCAAUAUUCCCUAAUGAAACAUCUGCUUUGAAAUAAAAGGAUAUGGUUAAAA